CAUAGCACAGCAACACCAAUUGCACCAGUCGACGAAGAUUUUCCAUAUUUCCAUAAAUUCCAUAUUUAUUGCUUGCGUCUGAAUUUUUUGGAAUUUAUUUAAAUUUAAUUUGUAAAGUGUAAAACUGUUAAAAAUGGAGUUCAGUAUACCUGUUAACGACAUACUACCAGACGAGAUCUCCAAAGUCAAUAGUAUGUUAACACCUCCAGGGUGCCAUCAGCAUCAGGGUGAUGUUCGCACCGUGAGGACCAUACAAGAAAGCUUGGGCAAGCUGAUUGACUCCCUCGGGGAGCAAUCAGCAUCGGCCCAGGGCCUUUCGAAAGCGAUAACCACUGCUGAGAAGCUACGGAAUGCCCCAACUCACGUCCUAUACCUAUUGAAGGACGCCAGUGCUAAGAACGGCGACGGCGAGAUCAUAGGCUUCCUGAAGGUGUCCCACAAACACCUGUACCUUUUCGACGAGCGCGACAAAGUGCGCGAGGUGGAGCCACUGUGCGUGCUCGAUUUCUUCGUGAGCGGCGCGCGGCAGCGGCGCGGCAACGGCAAGAGACUGUUCGACUAUAUGCUGCAGGAUACCGGCAGCCGGCCCCAAGACCUAGCUAUUGACGGUCCGUCCUCCAAGAUGGAGACCUUCCUCGCCAAAAACUACGGCGUCGACCAUCUCAUCCGUCAGAGCAACAACUUCGCCGUCUCGCCUGCUUUCUUCAUUACUUCGCCUGAUGCCAAUAAUACCGGUCGCAAUCUGCCGGUGAUGCCGGCAGCGGCUGUAGGGCGGUUUACCGCCCGCAAACCGCGCUCAUCCAUCUCGGAUGUAAUACACGGGGCCACAGUCAACAGGGUGUACAACAACGGAACUCCAGAGGACACUCCGGCACCAGCGCCCGAGCCUCCAAAAAUCCUAACUCCGGAGCCCGAGCCGGAACCGCAACCGGAGCCCAUUCCAGAAGUUCCGAAAGUGCCGGCUUCGCCCAGCCCGGAGCGUCCGACCACUUUACAGGUCGCUCCGGCGGUAUCAGCCGCGCCAUCUCCGGCAGGCUCGGCCGCCCCACGUCGCGAUUCUCAACUCACCGAUCAGGGGUACUUUGAUGUCAAGUUCUACCACAAUAAGCUAUGGUAGAACUUGACACCUUGGGUGUUUACAUUUAUGUGUGUCCAUUCCUUUUUAAUUGAUGGUGUUUUGUUGUGAGUUUAUGUAUUUGGGUGUUUAGAUGGCUGAUUUUGGACGCGGAUUGCUUGUAAACUAGAUUAAGAUGUUUUCUUUCAUCCUGGAGGUUAUCCUUAAAAGGGUUUCCUGUGAGAGCUUGUGUAUUUGAAUUUCUAGAUGUCGGAAAGGAAACUGAUUAUUUGUAACAUGGAAUAAGAUGUAUUCUUUUAUCCCUGAACUCUUCCAUUAAGGGAUGUAAUUGAGCUAACUGAUAAACAUCGGAAUCGUUGAGUCAAGGCGGCCCCUGUCAUUUUUCUCUUGGCGUCAGUUGGCAACGUAGUAGACUAAGCAUAAACACUUGUUUACUAAACACCAGUAAGAUUUAAUAGAAUAUACUGUAACUUGAGAUGAUGAAUAAGUUUUUUAAUUACAUUUUUAACUUUGAUCUUAUCCUGGAAAAUAUGAAAAUGGACAUCGAAAUACCGUCCGUGGUGUAGCGAUUCCAAUCACAUUAUGUCCGCUCCGUUUGUGUAAAAGUUUAUUGGUUUUCAACUGCUAUAAAGCAUAAGUCCAACUGAAAGGUUUCUAUGUAGUUUCAUACAUCUGUUGGUAUUUUUUUCAAACACAAACCUAUUGGAAAACU